AUGGCAGACCCUAAGCUGGCCGCCACAACUGGUGCCCCUCUUGUCCAACAGGAAAUUCCUCCUCAGGCAGGGAAGGUGUUUGAGACUGUUGGUAAAUUCAUCAAUGACAUUCCUCCUCAGGCAGUGAAGAUGUUUGAGACUGUUGGCAAAUUCAUCUAG